CGAAAUUCCUCGGGAAAUUAGUCCCUCUCUUUCUGAAAAUCGUGUAAUAUUCUCUCCAGUCCCAUUACCGUUUCUGAAGGGAAUAUAUAACCGAUUUCAAAGCUUAAACUGCACGCUCACCAAACGAAACGAAACGGAAGGAAAGGAGGCGCUGUUGCCUCGUCUCCCUCGUGCAGCGCUCCCGCCAUCUCUUUCCAUCACCUGCCACGCGUCUCAUUGGUCGACCGGCUCGGGCUAUUCUUUGUGAACGGGCGGGUGAAAGCCCGGCAUGGCAACGUUGUACACCGCGUCCGCUGGAAGGAAGGCCGGGGCUGCCAGAGAGAGAGAGAGAGCGCGUCACACAGGCGCGAGAGAGAAAGAACGAACGAAAAAGUGCGCCCCAACUUAUAAACGUGAAGAGGGGGGAGAGAGAGGAGAAGAGAACACACCAGAGUUUCCAAAGAGAGGGGAAAGAGCGAUAUCGUGUCUGGGGAGAGAGAAACGAACGAACACAGCAGAAACACAGCUGAAGAGAAGGGCAAACACAGUGCGUUUUCAAUUUUAUACAUCGUCAGAGAGAGAAUUUCGCGCAGUCUCCUUGUUUUGUUAGGAAAAAAAGCCGUUAACUUAUUUUCGAAAAGGAAAAAUCGCUAUUGCGAUUGCGAUUUUUCGAUUUCUAUCGAAUAGGAAAAAGAGAGGGAGAGAGGAAGAGACGCGGGGCGCCCUCAGCGGGCCAAUAAGAGGGGCGAGUAUAGAGAGGAGGGGAUAUUAUGGGAGCGAGAGAGAUGGAGAGCGGCCUCCCCUACCCACCCGCCUCUGGCCCUCCGAACUACCCACGGAUCUAACGAACGUUGAACAGCGUAGCGUCUAGAUCGCAUCCCAAGUAGCGUGUUAGCAGUUUUUCGCCUCGGUUUUGUUUAUCCCGCGCGCUCGGGGGAGAGAAAAAGUGUUGUUGUGUGAAAACUCGGAUCGACUCUGGUGUACGCAUACGUCGCGAGAGUGGAGGCGCGUGUGUUCCGCGUCACGAACACGAGGAGCACGCGGAUGUGAGCGUGUGGAGUAGUAGUGUACUUGUGUGUUAGUGUGAGUGUGUGUGUGUGCCGCCAGUUGCCAGUGUGCGUGAGUGGCACGUUGAAACGUGCGUUCUUCCUUCCUGCCCGCCGCCCCCCCCCACCCCUUUCCGAGACGCCCGCGAGAGUGACAGACGGACAGGAACGCGUGACAUGUCGGAACACCACCGCGUUGCCGGUGGCUGGGGCAGCCCCGGGAACAACCGCGAGGAGGCUUCCGGUGGAUCCGCAUGGUGGCCCGGACUCAACGAUCAACAGCAACAACAGAAUCUCCAUCAACACAUUUUGAAUCAACAGCAGCAACUCUCGCAGCAACAACAACAGCAGCAACAACAACAACAGCAGCAACAGCAUCAUCAGGACAAUGUGAGCAGUACGGCAGCCGUGGCAGCCGCGACUCAGCAGCUCUUCUCCUACAAGAUGGCCUCCAGUUUUCAAAACCCCGCUACCACCGGCAGCUUGUCCAACUCGGUGUCCACCUCCACCCCGGCGGGCUCGUGUAUGAAGGGCGGCGGGUACGACUACAGCAGACUCGGGGCGCCCGGCAACGUACCGGUCAGCGCAUCUUCGGCGCCUCCCGGCGUUCAGUGGUGGUAUUCCAGUGGAGUCAUGGACGCCGCUCAGAAUAACAUGCACCAGCAGCAAAUCCAACAGGGACAGCAGCACAACAUACCCAUUACCACGCAAUCCUCAACAAUUCCGGUUAUGCCACCGGUAGGUUCGGGAAACGCGUGGCUAUUGCAUCAGUUGCAGCAAGUAACGCAGCAACAGAAUAAUCUGCAGACAAAUAACGCGCAGAGUUUAUUGCAAGACAAAAUGCCGAGAGGUGGAAAGUCAGUGAAACCAAGGGGAAGGAUGACCGCAUAUGCGUUUUUCGUUCAGACUUGUCGUCAAGAGCACAAGAAAAAACAUCCCGAGGAAAAUAUUAUUUUCCAGGAAUUCUCAAAAAAAUGCGCAUCGAGAUGGAAGACAAUGUCCGAUAAGGAAAAGAAGCGUUUCCAUGAGAUGGCAGAAAAAGACAAGAAGAGAUACGACAUGGAAAUGCAAAAUUAUAUUCCACCUAAAGGCGAAAAAUUAACAGGCAGAGGCAAAAAACGCAGGCAAAUUAAGGAUCCCAACGCGCCUAAGAGAUCUUUAUCGGCCUUCUUCUGGUUCUGCAAUGACGAGCGUAGUAAAGUUAAAUCGCUGAAUCCAGAAUACGGAGUGGGAGAUAUCGCUAAGGAAUUAGGAAAACGAUGGUCUGACGCCACUCCAGAGUCAAAAUCCAAAUUUGAGGCUUUGGCAGAAAAGGACAAAGCUCGAUAUGAAAGAGAAAUGACGGCGUACAAAAAGAAAAUGAAGGACGGCGGACCGAUCGCGGGCGCGCCGAUAUUAGCGAAAAAGGAAAGCGAUGAUGACUUCGAGGACGAGGACGAAUAGCAAGGAGAUGAUGAAUCGAUAGGAAACGUGCGUCAAAAUCUCAUCUAUCACCCGUGUCCUUGAAUUAUCCACGAAGAGAAGAGAAAAAAAAACAAAAAAAAAAAAAUGAAAAAAAAAUUUGCAAAAAAAAAGCAUACCUCACCUACUGUACAUACCAUUGACCUUAGCGUGAGCGUACUUACACACUAGGAGAACAAAAUAAACUAACCAUCAAGUCCCUUUUCUUCCCCCCCCCGCCCUUCCUCCCCCACGUUUUUUAUAAUUAUUUUUCAUUUUUUUUUUGAAAAAUGAAAUAAAAAAAACAACCCGAGAAAUGGAAUUUUUUUUGCAAACGAAAAAAAAAUCCACGUUUAAUUUUUUGGACAAUUUUAUUUUAAAAAAAAAGAAGCAAACAAAAAAAAAAUUUAACGAAAAUAUGAUGAUUGAAAAAUUGUAUGUAUGAAAGUGAGUUGCGAAACACGAUAUUUUGUAUGAGUGACCUUUGUAUUUUAACAUAUUGAUAGUAAUGAAAAAAGGAAAACAAAAAACAAAAUGUAAAGUGGCGUAGGAUAGAGGAAACUGAGAAAUUUUGCGAAUUUAAAUGGCGCUCGAAUAUUUCCCACAGCGUUAAAUUAAAAAAAAAAAGGCGCAGGGGCUGAAAUAUCUCCGAUAGUUUUCUUUCUCUCGACAUUUUUUUGUUUUUCUUUUUGUUUUUUAAAUUUCUUCAUUACUAUUUCUCUUUUUCUCUUCCAAUUCUCUCUUUCUGUCUUCUUUUUUCU